AUGAGGAAGUGCUUGGCAGCAGUUUUGGGUCUCGUCCUUUGUGCUGAUGUUGCCGUAUUGGCGGUUAGCAAUGGCACGGCAGCAUGUCCAGGAUACCAAGCGAGCAAUGUGAAGACAAAGCACGGCACAGUUGUCAGUGCCGAUCUCACGCUUGCCGGGACAGCCUGUAAUGUUUACGGCACGGAUUUGAACGAUCUGAAACUGGAAAUUGAUUACCAGACGGAGUCCCGAGUCCAUGUCAAGAUUUACGAUGCGGCCGAACAAGUCUACCAGGUGCCCGAAUCCGUUCUUCCUCGUCCUAAGAACACAAAUAUCGAUCCGUCGACGUCGGACUUGAAUGUCUCCAUUGAGCAUAACCCGUUCUCAUUUACAUUGACCCGGCGAUCCACUGGCGAGGUUCUUUUUGACACAUCCGGUCAUGCCUUGAUCUUUGAGUCGCAGUAUCUCCGGCUGCGCACAAGCCUGCCGGACUCACCCAAUCUCUACGGCCUGGGAGAGAGCACCGAUGCCUUCCGGCUGCAGACGAACGACUAUAUGCGCACACUUUGGUCUCGCGAUGCCUAUCUCACUCCUCAAUACACCAAUUUGUAUGGCAAUCAUCCUGUCUACUUUGACCAUCGCCACCAGGGCACGCAUGGUGUGUUUCUGUUAAACAGCAAUGGAAUGGAUAUCAAGGUUGACCAAGAUGCUGACGGUCAAUACCUCGAAUACAACACCCUGGGCGGGGUUCUCGACUUCUACUUCCUGGCGGGUCCGACUCCGAGAGAUGUGGCGGUCCAGUAUUCCGAGACGGUUGGCAAGGCCGCCAUGAUGCCAUACUGGGGACUUGGCUUCCAUAACUGCAGAUAUGGCUACCAAGACAUCUUCGAGGUAGCUGAGGUCAUUGCUAACUAUAGUGCAGCUAAUAUCCCGCUCGAGACGCAGUGGACAGAUAUUGACUACAUGGACCUAAGGAAGGUGUUUACUUUGGACCCUCUCCGCUAUCCCCUACACCUCGUUCGCGAGGUCGUUUCAUACCUGCACAGUCAUAACCAGCACUACAUCGUUAUGGUCGACCCGGCCGUGGCUUAUGCCGACUACCCCCCGUUUGAAAAAGGCGUCCAGGACGGCGUUUUCUUGACUGAUGCAAACGGGUCAGUCUACCAAGGCGUCGUCUGGCCUGGUGUUACUGCUUUUCCCGACUGGUUUGCUCUGAAGACGCAAGAAUACUGGAACGACCAGUUCUCUUCAUUCUUUGACCCAGACAACGGCGUGGACAUUGAUGCGCUAUGGAUCGACAUGAAUGAGGCUUCAAACUUCUGUGAAUGGCCAUGUUCAAAUCCAGAGGCAUUUGCGCAAAAGAAUGAUGACCCUCCUAAUCCCCCCCGCUGUUCGUCUAUCGGCGCCACGCCCGAUUUCGGGCUUUGGACCAAAUUUCCAACCAACAUCUCCCCCACUUUAGGAGAAGGCCAAAUCCACAAUUCUGUUGCGAUGAGCGCAGACAACUACCCAGAGUGGCAGGUCACGGUACAAAUGCCUCAUGAUGAAACAUUCACAUAUGAGUAUGUCCGCAGGGAGUCAGACGGUAACUGGAUCUAUGAAAGCAAAAAUCGUACAAUUACCACAGGUGAUUGCAACACUGGUGUGCAGAUGGUCUUUGACAACAUUACUACAAGCUCCGGUCCACAGAAGAGGUCUCCUGUUUCUCAAUCAACGCCUAGCGUACGCUCUCCAGUGAUUAGCAAUGACCUUCAGAAGCGAGACAACCCCAUGCUUGGCCUGCCUGGAAGGGACCUGAUCGAUCCUCCUUACCACAUCAACAACACCGCCGGGUCGAUCAGCAACUUGACGAUCCGGACAGAUCUCACUCAUUCUAACGGUCUCAAGCUGUACGACACGCACAAUUUCUACGGCAGCAUGAUGAGUGCUGCUAGCCGCAACGCAAUGCUCAACCGCAGGCCAUCCAUGCGGCCGCUGGUUAUCACACGAUCCACCUUCGCCGGCGCUGGCAGCAAAGUAGGGCACUGGCUAGGAGACAACAACGCCGACUGGGACCACUACCGCUGGACGAUUGCCGAGCUGCAAGAAUUCGUCGCCCUUUACCAGAUCCCCAUGGUGGGCAGUGACGUCUGCGGCUAUGGUGGUGUGACAACGGAUAAACUCUGCUCUCGCUGGAUCUUCCUCGGUGCCUUCUCGCCCUUUUUCCGCGACCAUCAGUCGCUUGGUACCCCGCCGCAUGAGUUCUACCGGACUCCUAUGACUGCUGCCGCCGCCAGAGCGGCCAUUGACAUUCGGUACCGCCUGCUCGACUACGCCUACACUGCCAUGUGGACGCAAGCACAGACAGGUGCGCCGAUGAUUAAUCCCAUGUUCUUCGAAUACCCCCAAGACAGCAACACGGUGGACCUCCCUUACCAGUUCUUUUGGGGAUCAAGCAUCAUGGUGGCGCCUGUCACAGAGGAGAAUUCUACUACAGUAUCUGUCUACAUGCCCAACGACCUCUUCUACGACUUCUAUACCGGCGUUCCAGUCCGUGGGAAUGGCGACACUGUCACACUGAAUGAUAUCGGGUAUGACACUCUGCCUUUGUACUACAAAGGCGGCCAUAUCAUCCCUCAGCGAGUCGUUUCUGCCAAUACGACGGCCCAACUGCGACAGCAAGAUUUUGAAAUCGUGAUUGCUCCCGACACAACGGGCCAGGCAUCAGGCACGCUGUAUCUCGACGACGGCGACAGCAUUGAGCAGCCGCGUAUUUCGGUGGUCAACUUCGAUUACCGCGGUGGGGAAUUUUCGAUGACUGGCAAGUUUCGCUAUGAUGUGGGCAGCGUGGUGAUCAGCCAAAUUACGGUUCUAGGUGAACACGUAAAGAAACAUCCUGUUAAUAUUAAAUUGACGGGGGAGCAUCAUCUACAGUUGAACUAA